AAAAGGUGGUAGUCUUUCUGAGUGGAUAACUCCAAUUGGUAGGCCCUUUACAAAAUGGCUCCGUAUGAACUUAUCAAUAAAAAUAAUUAAAUAUAAGGUUCCAAUUAAUGUUGUAGUGUUUAGUCCAUUUCUGGACUCUGUGUUGGGAUAUAAAUUUAUUAAUGUUAAUUGCUAUAUUGGUGCUGUGUCAGUUAAUCUGUUGUUUAACUUAAUUAACGUUGAUGAGUUAGUUGAAAUUUUUAGGUGGGCAUUUGUUGGUGCGAUUGUAAUGAGUAUGAAGAGUGCUAUAGGCACACUAUAUUGCAUUUGUUUGAUGGAAAAUAUUACUAGAUUUGCGGUGACUUCCUUUUGUAAUGGGAGUCGACCUGGAUGGCAAAUAACAAUAUUGAUGGUUUCCAGAAGGAGCAAUAAGUAUUUUGUGUGGUUGGGUCAUGGAGAGUGCAUUGUUGGCAGCUUUUAA